AAUAGUAAAAUAAGUUGUCAUGUCGUUUUCUCUUGAACUUGAUGAUUAUUAAGAAACUGAAGAAAUGUCAUCCAAUACAAUAAAAAUUCUUAGGUUUGGUGCACUAGAAUAUAAUCGAGCUUAUAAGGUCCAGGAGCAUCUUGUAAAUAUAUUAAAGACAGGAGUUGAAAAUAAAAAAUCUCAUCCUAACUUUUUAAUUCUUCUUGAGCACAAACCAGUUUAUACAACAGGAAUCCGUACUAAGGAAUAUUCCUCUGAUGAAGAGAUGUAUUUACGAAGUCUUGGAGCUGAUUUUGUGAGAACUAAUCGAGGAGGUCUCAUCACAUUUCAUGGUCCAGGACAAUUAGUUGCUUAUCCUAUACUCAACCUUACUCAAUUCAUCCCUCAGGCGAACCGUAGAAAAUCUGCACUUGGGAUGAGAUGGUAUGUGAAAACACUAGAGGAGGUUGUAAUACAGGUGUGUUCUGAAUAUAAUCUACAAGGAUCCCGGUCUCCGCAUACAGGGGUUUGGGUCGGAGACAAUAAAAUCUGUGCCAUGGGAGUUCAUAACAGUCAACUUAUUACUAGCCAUGGACUAGCUCUGAAUUGCAACGUGGAUCUUGAUUGGUUUACAAAAAUAAUUCCGUGUGGUAUAAUUGGAAAAGGAGUAACCUCCCUCACCUCGGAGCUAAACCAGGAGAUCAAAAUAGAAGAAGUUCGUCCUGUCCUAGUCAAACAUUUCGGAGACCAGUUCUCAGCUCAGAUGGAGGACUGUUCUCCGGAGGACCUGGAGAAGUAUCUUCCGUCUGAGUUAAACCUCACGCUUGAGCCGGAUUCCUGAUAAUUAUAUUUAAACCAGUUCGUUCAUUCCGUGAUAAAACUAUUUUUAAUGUUGUAGAGAUUUUAGUUUUGUUGGCCGGGUUCCUUGUAUCCAGGUUCUAAUUAUUACAGA